CGUUUUUCAUUAUCAGGAAAAGGGGGGGAAAACAAAAAAAUCAAAGAAGAACCCUAACAUCGUCCUUCCAUAUUCUAUUCUCAAAUCAGAUUUUGGAUUGGUGUGAUUUUUUAGGGCAUUAAUGGAGUGAAGCAUAAGAAAGUGGCGAGAGUCCCUGUAAGACCAGAAAAAGCAGAGAGGACACAACCAAUGGCGUCUGCAGAUAAACGAUUGGAAGAACAACUUCUCGAAGCCGGUAACAAGCUCGCAAACCCUCCGUCUUCUGCAGAGGAGCUUCUCUCACUCUUAGAGCAAGUAGAAAGUUGCCUGUCAAGGGUUGAACAGUCACCAACAGUUUCUAUGCAAAAUGCACUCUCUCCAUCAUUGAAAGCAAUGGUUGGUGACCAACUUUUAAGGCACUCAGAUAAUGAUGUCAAGGUUUCGGUUGCCUCUUGCAUCAGUGAAAUAACAAGAAUCAGUGCACCUGAUGCUCCUUAUGACGAUGAUCAAAUGAAGGAGGUCUUUCACUUGAUAGUAUCUUCACUUGAAAAUUUGCAUGACAAGUUAAGUCGAUCAUAUGUCAAGAGAAUCUCAAUUCUGGAAACUGUUGCAAAAGUCCGAUCCUGUGUGGUAAUGCUGGACCUUGAAUGUGAUGCCCUGAUUUCGGAUAUGUUUCAACAUUUCUUGAAAGGUGUAAGGGAACAUCAUCCAGAAAAUGUUGUUUUGUCCAUGGAAACAAUUAUGACCGUUGUUGUCGAGGAAAGUGAAGAUAUAUCCUUAGCCCUGCUGUCCCCACUACUGGACAGCAUUAAGAAAGACAAUGAGGAAGCUUUUCCAAUUGCCCAAAAAUUGGGGGAGAGGGUUCUUGAAAAUUGUGCAACCAAGCUUAAACCCUACUUGGUUCAAACAGUGAGAUCCUUGGGUGUAUCUGUUGAUGAUUAUAGUGCUGUGCUUGCUUUAAUAUGCCAAGAUACAUCUGAUGAUUUGGAAAAGAAUGAUACAUGUGUGACUAGUGAGCAUGCGGAAGAUAAGAGCGAUUCAGAAAAACAGUCACUGGAGAAGUCAACACAUGUGGUUAAAAAGGAUUCAAGGGAAGUUACAUCCUCUCAACGAGGAAAUCCUGAUGCAAAUAAAUCUCCUAACUCAGGCAUGAGCUAUGGUAUUGCAUGUGUUGGAGAAGAUACUGCUUUAGCUUAUUCCAGUCCCAUUAAAAAGAAAGAGGAUGCUGAUUGUUCCAACCACUCUGAAGGUUUGAAUAUAUCUGGUCAUGAGGUGGGUAGUGAUUUGGACACCAAAAAGGUUGACAAUAGUAAACAAAAGGCAGGAAAAGCUACCAAGAGACCACGAAAGAAAUCAAGCUCUUCUACUAAAUUGGCAAAACCUUCCAAGGAUCAAGUUGCUGCUAAUGAGAAGGAAGCUGUGAAAAUGCUUGACUGUGAAAGCAACAGUAAGAUAGUUCCCAGUUCCCCUCACAAGGAACAUUUUGUUGAAGUAGCAGGACCUUCAGACAGUAAUAAAGAAAUGGAUGCUAAGAUUUCAUCACCAGUGGCAGUAAAUGACGAAUCUGAAGUGGUUGCUUCUGCUCCAAGUGAGAGCCUCAAUGAUGAAAAUCGCUUGAAGAAACUUGGACGAUCAACAAAGGAAGAUGACUCUGUAAAAGAAGGCGCUGCAUAUGAUGUUUCUAAGGUGGCUGGAGGAGCUAGUGAUUCAGAAGCCAAACCUGUGACGCGGUCAGUGAAAAAGGCACUAGGUCAAAAGUCUUUGAAAAAAACUAGUGUGGUAGAUUCUGUAAAAAAAGAAAGUGGGGCAAUAAAUAAUGCAGAUGCUAAGAAAUACUCAGCAAAGAAAUUAGAAGAAAACAAAAAGGGUAGUGGUGGAUCCUCCUCUAGGCAGGCGGAAGACAGGAAAAAAGGAGGGCGUGGAAAAGCUAAGACUGAGACAGAUGUAGCAAAGUCAUCUGCUAUGAAUGUGGACAAAGAAAUAGUUACUACUCCGAGGUCUUGUACAAAAUCUGCCAAAGAUGCAAGUUCAGAGGAGACUCCCAAGGCAAAUGUGAAAAGGAAACUUACUUCAGGAAAAGAAAAUGAGUAUGGUACAAAGGAAUGUGGUGAAAACCUUGUCGGUUUACGGGUCAAAGUUUGGUGGCCUAAGGAUCGUGAGUUUUACAAGGGUAUUAUUGAUUCUUUUGAUUCUGCAAAAAAGAAGCACAAGGUAUCGUAUGAUGACGGUGAUGAAGAAAUAUUAAAUCUAGGGAAGGAGAAAUGGAAGGUCAUUGAUAAGGAUUCAGAUGCAGAUGAGGAAGAUCGGAGUGAUCGUGCAAGUCUUGAUGCUUCCAUUGAUAUGCAACCAAAGAAGAAAGGGAAAACAAGUGAUGGUGAAACCACCAAGCAGGGAAAGAUGGAUGUUUCUUCCAAAAGUGGUGGAAUAAAGACGAAUAGUAGAUCAAAAAGUGUAUCCCUGAAGUCUAGUCAAAGGUCCAAAGAUGGCAACAAAUUGAAAGAUUCCAUGACAAAUAGCAAAUCUGGGGAUGGAGUUAAUAAAAAAUCUAAGGAAGACACUCCUAAAAGUUCUAGCAGUAAAUCCAUUGUUGCUACUAAAAUACUGAGUAAGAAAUCGAAAAAUACUGAUACUUCCAGGACUGGGGAAUUAAAUGAUGACUACAGUAGUGUGCCAAAGCCGUCUUCCAAGUCUAAGCUAGAAAUUCUAAAAAGUGGAAAAUCCAAGAAAACAACCCCAAAGACUGCCGUUUCCAAAGAAAAACCUCUCAAAAGUGGUGGAAAGGCUGAUGUUAAUGGUACCGGCAAGGUGAAAUCUGAUUUAUUGAAGAUAAAAUAUUUUGAGAAUGAUAAUUCAGAUGUUUCAGAAGGAAAGCUAAAAGAUGCCAAGGUAAAGACUUCAAUUUCGUCUAAGGCACAAGGAAGUAAGGUCAAGAGUGGAAAGAAGCGUAGGAGAAGCUAGAUGUUGGAGUUUUUCAUGCUGUUUAUUCCUUAAUUGGGUGCUUUUAUUCGUAUCCUCAUAGCAUUUAACUCUUCUUUCUGUGGCUGGAGUGAUCAAAUGAGUUUAAGCAUGUAUAAGGUAGCUGUCCAUCAUUUUGUGGUAAUUAUCCUAAUGUUAGUACUGUUAUCUUUACUAAUUAGUUAGACUAGUUUAGUUAUAGUACGAGUAAUCUUUAACACAAAAAUAUUUGGCUUUCUUUCAAACAUUGCUGACUUCUUACACAAUCAAAUCAAACAGUAUUUGCAGUGCU